UGAGCCUAAGAUUAACCAACAAACUUACCCCAAAAAGAAUGGCCAGUUUGAAAGUGACCUAUUCUUCCUCAAGCCUCAGUUCUCCUUCAUUCCCUUUUUCCCAGCUCAUAUCAUUCUCCAAAAAAGUGACACUCGUUAGAUUCCCUGACGCCGUCGUUUCUCCUCCGAAGCUUAAACUUCAAGCAUUUGGGAAAACCAGAGCCACAGCCACAGUGCAUUCUGCUCAAAAAGCUGCUGGAAUUGUGAAAGAGGUCCUUCCACCAGCGCUUGAUUCUACUUCAGAACCACCUCCAUUUUUUGAUGGAACUACAAGGUUAUAUAUAUCAUACACGUGCCCGUACGCGCAGCGCGUGUGGAUCACCCGGAAUUGUAAGGUUGUUUACAAAUUUCUUGUGAUCUGGGUUAUUGUAGUUGUGUACUUGUGUGCGUUAUAA